AUGUCGAGUAAUCGUAACUACGAUUUCUUGAUCAAGCUGCUUCUCAUUGGCGACUCCGGCGUUGGCAAGUCAUGCUGCCUGCUACGCUUCAGCGAGGACUCGUUCACCCCUUCUUUCAUCACCACGAUCGGAAUCGAUUUUAAGAUUAGGACGAUUGAGCUCGAUGGCAAACGCGUCAAGCUGCAGAUUUGGGACACGGCUGGCCAGGAACGGUUUCGCACCAUCACCACUGCCUACUACCGCGGCGCUAUGGGCAUUCUGUUAGUAUACGAUGUCACCGAUGAACGAUCUUUCAACAACAUCCGCACCUGGUUCCAGAACGUAGAACAGCACGCCACCGAAGGUGUCAACAAGAUCUUGAUCGGCAACAAGUGCGACUGGGAGGAGAAGCGAGUCAUCAGCACAGAAAAGGGCCAGGCUCUCGCCGACGAACUUGGCAUCCCAUUUCUCGAAGUCUCGGCCAAGAGCAACAUCAACAUUGAUAAGGCAUUCUACAGCCUCGCUGCCGAUAUCAAGAAGCGCCUCGUAGACAACACCAAGAAUGAGCAAGGUGGCGGCCCCGGUGUCAACGUGGGCGACAAAUCGAACGCAGGCGGCAGCAAGUGCUGCUAG